UCCUAAUUCUAUCACCAUGGAGACCAACAGCUUUAAACUGCCGCCAGCCAUGGCAGUUAUCCUUCUUUGUCUUACUUGCUUAUCAAGUUUCUCUCAAGCAAUCAUUAGUAAAGGAACAGAGAGCAACAAAUUCUUUGGCCAGCGAAAGUUAGAAACUUACAUUGUGUUUGUAACAAAGCCACAGGACGGAUUUUUGAAGCAGUCUCAAGAUUUGGAAAGCUGGUAUAAAUCAUUUUUGCCAACCAGCAUCUCAAAUUCGAAUCAGCAAAAACGCAUAGUAUAUUCUUACCGAAAUGUGGUUAGUGGAUUUGCUGCGAAGCUGACAGCAGAUGAAGCAAAAGCUAUGGAAGCAAACGACGGGUUAGUGUCGGCGCGUCCUCAAAAGAUAUUGCCCUUGCAUACAACUCAUAGUCCCAACUUCUUGGGGCUGCACCAAAAUUUAGGAUUCUGGAGGAACUCAACUUAUGGUAAUGGAGUGAUUAUUGGAGUUUUAGACACCGGAAUAACACCAGAUCACCCUUCGUUCGGAGAACAAGGAAUGUCGCCUCCACCAGCCAAAUGGAGAGGGAAAUGUGAAUUUAAUGGAACUGUAGCUUGCAACAACAAACUCAUUGGUGCAAGAACUUUCCUAUCAAAUGAGCAUAGAUAUGGACCUCCAGGACCAUUCGACGAUGAAGGGCACGGUACUCACACAUCAAGCACAGCAGCGGGUAAUUUUGUAGAAGGUGCCAAUGUUUUUGGCAAUGCCAAUGGCACAGCAGUAGGAAUGGCACCUUUGGCUCACGUGGCCAUGUACCAAGUUUGCUCGGACUUCGGUUGCUCAGAAAGUGACAUUUUAGCUGCUAUGGAUACUGCCGUGGAUGACGGUGUGGACAUUCUUUCUCUUUCACUCGGUGGUGGUUCCUCUCCGUUUUUUGCGGAUAGCAUUGCAGUGGGUGCAUUUGGAGCUAUUCAAAAUGGAAUCUUCGUGAGUUGUUCAGCUGGGAAUUCUGGCCCAGAGAAUUCCUCUUUAUCAAAUGAGGCUCCAUGGAUUCUCACUGUCGGAGCUAGCACCAUUGAUAGAAGCAUAAGAUCAACAGUAAAGCUUGGAAAUAACGCAGAAUAUUUUGGUGAGUCACUUUUCCAGCCACAGAAGCCCACCCAAAACUUUUGGCCACUUGUUUAUCCAGGCAAGAAUGGCAAUCAGUCAUCAGCUUUAUGUGAAGAGGGAUCACUGGAAAGUUCUGAAGUCAAAGGCAAGAUAGUUUUGUGUGAUAGAGGCGGGUCGGCCGGAAGAGUCGAGAAAGGACAGGUAGUAGCGGAUGCUGGUGGUGCUGGUAUGAUUCUUGUGAAUCAGGAGGAUGAAGGCUACAACACCAUAGCCGAUGCUCAUGUCCUUCCUGCAUCGCAUGUAAGUUACUCUGAUGGAAUGGGAAUCAAAGCCUACAUAAACUCAACAUCGUCACCAACAGCCUUGUUUGUGUUUGAAGGCACAGUAAUCGGUGUGAAAAGUGCUCCAAUGGUUUCUUCCUUCUCCUCUAGAGGACCAAGCCUUUCAAGCCCGGGAAUCUUAAAACCAGACAUCAUCGGUCCAGGCGUAAGCAUUCUAGCAGCAUGGCCAAUUUCUGUAGAGAACAAAACAAAUACAAAAGCAACAUUUAACAUGAUCUCAGGUACCUCAAUGUCCUGCCCCCAUCUUAGCGGCAUUGCGGCUUUGUUGAAAAGUGCUCAUCCCGACUGGUCUCCCGCUGCAAUCAAAUCCGCUAUUAUGACCACUGCUGAUACAGUAAACCUAGCUGGCCAACCAAUUGUUGAUGAAAGGCUUCUUCCUGCUGAUAUUUUGGCCACCGGUUCCGGCCAUGUCAAUCCAUCAAAAGCCGGUGAUCCAGGGCUCGUCUAUGAUAUCCAACCCGACGAUUACAUUCCGUACUUGUGUGGCUUAGGUUACCCAGACAGGGACAUUACAUACAUUGUGCAGCGCAAAAUCAAAUGUUCAGAAGUCCAAAGCAUACCUGAAGCACAACUUAAUUACCCUUCUUUCUCAAUUGUGUUUGGUUUCAAAACUCAGACAUACACCAGAACAGUAACCAAUGUCGGCCCUGCUACCUCAUCCUACACUGUUUCAGUUGCUCCACCGCCAGGAGUGGACGUCACUGUCACACCGUCUAAGAUUGCUUUCACUCAGGUGAAACAAACAGAAACAUACACUGUCACAUUUACCAACACAGGCAAAGUAUACAGUGAUCCAUUUGUUCAAGGAUAUCUGAAAUGGGAUUCUGAUCAGUAUUCUGUUAGAAGUCCAAUACUAGUUUUGUUCUCAAAUGAAGACUAG